AUGGCUCAACGAUCCAAUACACAGGGCGAGGACGCUCAAAAAGUCUUGUUUUCCGCGGCUGACCCGUUGCUACCGCAAUUCUCAGACCCCUCGUUCGACCCAGUGGACUUCCUUAAUGACACUCUCCCGUCAUUGAACAUUUCGCAAUCACGCUCAGUAGGCGGCAGUUCGAUCGCAGAAGUCUCUACUCGGACUCAAUCGCUAUUAUCCCAGCUUACUGCGCAAAAUGCCCGAUUAUCGAACACGCUUAACCAGCUUACAGAUGAGAUAAUACGAAGCAGUGGACGGCUGGCAUAUGAGGUAGAGGUCUUGCGUGGAGAGGCAAUCAGUCUCUCAGACACCCUUACGGAUACUCUACAGGACGAUAUUCGCAAUAUCCUUCCGCAGGGCCUGCCCGAACCAACUUCUACCACCUCAUACACGCCAAACGAAGAACAAGAGGAAAAAGAGCUGGAUAACAACACACAGCCGGAGGCUGCACAGGAUGAUCCAGAGUAUAUAUCUCGCCUACGGACGUUGAUGCAGGUUAGAAGUAGACUGGAAGAGGUGAUACAGGUAUUUGGCGAGGCUAUGGAAUGGCCUCUACCUCCAUCAGAAGUCUCAAUUACUUCCUCGUUCAUAUCAGUCUCGGCUCCAGAGGCUGGACCUGAGUCACGGAGCCUAGAAGAAAAGGGUCGGGAAGUAGCAAAAAAGUUUAGAUCACAGGUCACCGGGCUGCUGGACAGCAACGGUGGAGGAGAAGCCGGUUUGGAAGCCGCAGCUCGUCGAGUUGAGGAAUUACGGCUCCUCGCAAGCGUAUGGAAAGGCACGGUAGAAGAGAAACCAAGACUCAAAUUCGUUGACAGCCUUUCAAAGAUUGUCGAGGACAGACGGAAGGUCCUAGAGGAGAAAGAGAAUCGAAAAGCCAAUGGGGCUUCUUCAAAGGGUAGGACGACUGAGCUAUCUUCUCGAGAAAAGUCAGAGAGCAGCGGUGGUGGGCUAAUGCGUAAUUUACAACGCUUGAGAGACGAGAUAUACCUUGAAUAG